GAAGCUUUUGACCGUCUGGCUGCUCUCGGGAGCGAGAUUGGACGCCGUUUCGCUCGAAGAGACGGGGCUUCAAAACGUGGCCGAACUCAAGAAGCAUCUGCAGCAGUCGUGCGGGCUGCCUCCCUUCCUUCAAGCACUUCUGCACGACAAUGCGCUGCUCGAGGACUCCGCCAGCCUCGAUGCCCUCGCUGACCAGGACCUACAGCUUGCACUACUUCCGCUCUCCGAGAACAACUUCCACAGAAAGGAAGUCUGCCUCGGGCUUUGCGAAGCAUCCGGCCGUGGCGAAGUGGAACUCGCCCGCAUGCUGAUCAAUGCAAGGGCCGGCGUGAACGAAUGGCACCCCUGGAAACACAGAGACCAUUGUGCUUGCACAACGGCGAUCCACGAGGCCGCUGAGGCAGGGGACUUGGAGAUCUUGCAGCUAUUGCUCGAAGCCCAAGGCGAUCCAGCUCUUGCAAGCCAUCGGCGGCUCAAGGACACGCCGCUCAUGAUCGCAUGUGACCAAGGCCGUUCGGAUGUUGUGCGCAUGCUCCUGAGAUAUCGGGCAGAUGCCAACAUGCCAUGGCAAGACCACGGAUCCCGGACAUCUGCUCUUUGCGUGGCGUCAGAGAACGGACAUGUGGAGACGGCACGAGCACUCCUAGAGAGCCGGGCUGAUGUGAAUGAGGGGUUCCUAGGUGUUAAUGGAGAACCCAGGUUCUACACCGGCCCGACCUUGAGGAAGACGCCCUUGUGCCUGGCAUGUGAAGGAGGCCAUAUCGAAGUUGCAGCAAUUCGACACAAGCACCUUACCAUCGUGCAGUUGUUGGAGGAACGAGGGGAGAUUGACGGAGCGCUGGACGUGCAUUUCCUGAUCGUGACCAUCCACUUUGAAGCGAGGUCUUUCGAGCAGGCCAUCGCGGCUGCAGAGGCCGCGAUUCGCCUCGCGCAGGACGUGGGCAGCAGGAUGGCCGAAGAGUGUGCCUGGACAUGCCUUCAGGAGAUCAAGCAGGUUCAAGAAGAGGCGCAGCGCGCAGCGGGGCCCCACGCAGAGGUGACAAAGCUGCCCUCUGCCGCGCCGACCUCGCUGCCAAGCACGGCCCAGUCGAGCCAAAGCUCCACGGAGCCACCGGAGCCGUCAAACCGACGGCCCCGCGAGGAGCUUCCGGAGCUUCCGAAGUUGGACCUGACGCAGGCUCUGGACACAGACCUCGUCAGAGGCCUCGUGGUCCAAUGCGUGCAGGUGCUCGUCGGCUUCGAAGAAGAUAUCGAGCCGGAGAAGCCCCUGUUGGAUGUGGGCCUGACGAGCCAGCUGGCUGUCGUCCUGCGGGACCAGCUCACCACAAUGCUACCGGGACUGAAUCCCCCUCUUCCUGUCACCCUAAUUUUCGACUAUCCCUCGACGGCCGCCAUCUCGCGGUUGGUGCAGCAGACUGCACAAGAGGCCUGCCGGCGAAGCGCGGCGGGCUGA